UCUCUUCCUCUCCUCUCCUUCAUCCCCGCGACUCUGCGUUUCUGGGCAUUCGAUUCUUGUCGAUCUUGGUUCUGAAAUCUCCUCUCGGAUUACAACAUGACGACGGAUGAAUCGUCCAUUCCAGACUUCAAGAACCUGUCCUUAACCAGUAAUGGAAAAGCUGCAGACAAGAGUCAGCAUCUAGUUGUAUGUUUUGGGGAGAUGUUGAUCGACUUUGUUCCAACGGUCAGUGGAGUUUCUCUUGCUGAAGCUCCGGCCUUCCAAAAAGCUCCCGGUGGUGCACCUGCUAAUGUUGCUGUUUGUGUUUCAAAGUUGGGUGGUUCUUCUGCAUUUAUUGGAAAGGUGGGUGACGAUGAGUUUGGGCGAAUGCUGGAUGGUAUACUGGAACAGCACAAAGUUGACAACUCGGGCGUGAGGUUUGACCAAAAUGCAAGAACUGCACUUGCAUUUGUGACUCUAACUGCAGAGGGCGAAAGGGAAUUUCUCUUCUUUCGAAAUCCAAGUGCCGAUAUGCUUCUUCAUGAGUCAGAACUGGACAUUGAUCUCAUAAACAAGUCUGUCAUUUUCCACUACGGUUCCAUCAGUUUGAUCGGCGAACCCUGCAGAUCAACACACCUUGCUGCAAUGGCUGCUGCCAAAAAAUCCGGCUCUCUACUCUCUUAUGAUCCCAACUUAAGGCUGCCUCUGUGGCCUUCUGAAGAAGCAGCCCGAAGUGGGAUUAUGAGUAUAUGGGAUGAAGCACACAUCAUUAAGGUAUAAUAGGGCAAGGAUUAGAGGAAGAGGAGUAAGUUACAGAAGGGUCUGCAGGUUGCAGAUACUACACAAAGGAAUUUAAGGGAAGAGUGAAUAGUAUUGAAGUAAAAGCAGUAGAUACAACUGGGGCUGGAGAUUCAUUUGUGGGAGGGUUACUCACAAAUUUAGCUUCUGACAUUAACCUCUAUCAGGACGAGAGGCGAUUAAGAGAAGCACUGUUCUUUGCUAAUGCCUGUGCUGCACUCACGGUAACCCAACGGGGAGCCAUACCUGCCCUACCCACUAAAGACGCGAUCUCGCGCUUUAUCUCAGAGGCAUCUGUUACUAACCAUGGUUAGUUAACCAUACCUGAUAGUCUGUGGGGGCAUGGAAGACAAUUGUGGUCUUGUUUGCAAGUAUAGUAGUGUGUGUACCAUUUGGAAGUCAAUCAAUUUCAUGCAUGCAUCAACAUACAUUGUAGUACAGUAAUUCUUUUUUUUUAGUUCUCUACUGGUUUAAAGUGUUUGUUAUUGGUUUUUCUUCUUCUUGUUUGUAAUUGAAAUAGCAUAAGCUCUUCUUUGU